AGGCAGUGUACAGUGGGUGUCUCUCACUGUGGGCAGCUUUAUAAGAAGAGCGGCUCCGUGAUUGCAUCAGUUUGGUCAAGUAGUGUUCAUCUGCUGCUAUCUGAAUAACACGUGGUGAAAUGUGUGGUAUCUGGGCCUUGUUUGGCAGUGAUGAGUGCCUGUCAGUUCAGUGCACGAAUGCCAUGAAGAUCGCUCACCGGGGUCCUGAUGCUUUCCGCUUUGAGAAUGUCAACGGCUUCACCAACUGUUGCUUCGGCUUCCACCGGCUGGCUAUUGUCGACCAGUUGUAUGGCAUGCAGCCCUUGCGCAUCAAGACGUUUCCUUUCUUGUGGCUCUGCUACAAUGGAGAAAUUUACAACCAUCAGUUGCUGAAAAAGCAGUUUGGGUUUGAUUUCCAGACUAAAGUGGACGGUGAGGUUUUGCUCCAUCUGUAUGACCGCUUUGGCAUCAAGAAGAUGGCUUCUCUCCUGGAUGGUGUCUUUGCUUUCAUUCUGCUGGACACUGCCAACAGAAAAGUCUAUCUGGGAAGAGAUACGUAUGGUGUCCGGCCCUUGUUUAAAUUCCUCACAGACGAUGGUUUUCUUGCAGUCUGCUCUGAGGCCAAAGGCCUGACAAACAUUACCCAUGCAAUGAACACCCCUGCCAACAUUGUUCCCUUUCUCCCCGGGCACUUCGAGGUUUUUGAUUUGAAUCCAAAUGGGAAGGUUCAGUCCCUUCAGAUGGAGCAGUUUCACUGCUGCACAAAAGAGCCUGCUCAUGCCAUCUGUGACACUGUGGAGCGACUCACUACAAGCUUUGAUGAGGAAAUCGUGAAAGGCAACAUCAGAACCCUGUUUGAGAAUGCUGUGAGGAAACGUCUCAUGUCCCACAGGAGGAUCGGUUGUCUUCUGUCAGGUGGUCUGGACUCCAGUUUGGUUGCUGCUACACUGGUGAAACUGGCCAAAGAGGAGAAACUGCAGUAUCCCAUCCAGACAUUUUCAAUUGGAUCAGAUGACAGCCCAGACAUCCUCGCUGCUCGCAAGGUGGCAGCUCACAUUGGCAGUGAACACCAUGAGGUGAACUUCAUGGCAGAAGAAGGCAUCCAAGCUGUGGAGGAAGUGAUCUUCCACCUGGAGACCUACGACAUCACCACGAUACGAGCCUCUGUUGGUAUGUACUUGAUUUCAAAGUACAUCAGGGAGAAGACAGACAGUGUGGUGAUCUUCUCUGGAGAGGGAUCUGAUGAGCUGACUCAGGGAUACAUUUACUUUCACAAGGCUCCAAGUGCCAAAGCAGGAGCAGAGGACAGCGUUCGUCUGCUGAAGGAGCUCUACCUGUUUGAUGUUCUCCGAGCCGAUCGGACCACUGCUGCACACGGUCUGGAGCUCAGAGUGCCUUUCCUGGACCACAGGUUCACAGCAUACUACCUUUCCCUGCCUGAGGAGAUGAGGGUUCCUAAGCAUGGAGUGGAGAAGUACCUGCUGAGGGACUCCUUUAAAGGUCUCGACCUGAUCCCUGAGGAGAUCCUGUGGAGACGCAAAGAAGCCUUCAGUGACGGCAUGAUGUCACUGAAGAAGUCCUGGUACAUCUGCCUGCAGGAGCAUCUGGAGUCUAUGGUGAACGACAACCAGAUGGAGAAGGCUCACAAGACGUUCCCUCACAACCCCCCACGCACCAAAGAGGCCUACUACUUCAGACAGGUGUUUGAGAAGCACUACCCGGGCCGAGCUGACUGGCUCAGCCAUUUCUGGAUGCCGCGCUGGAUCAACGCCACCGACCCGUCAGCCCGGACCCUGUCCAUCUAUAAACCUGAUAAAGAGUAGUGAUUGGCUGAGCAGCUGAGUGCCUCUGUCUGUCUGUCUGUCAGCAGUAUGCUGCCCAGUUGAGCAUGUGUCAUACUUAACUUUACCUUGUUAAACCCCUAAGCUGAAGUAAUGAUUUCUUUGAAAUUAGCGGCCUUUCCUUCUAUCAGGGGUGUCAAACUCAUUUCAGUUCAGGGGCCACAUUCAACUCAAUUUGAUCUCCAGUAGGCCGGACCAGUAAAAUGACAGCAUAAUAACCUAUAAAUAAAUACAACUCCAAAUGUUCCCUUUGUUUUAAUGCAAAAAAAGUACAUUCUGACAAUUUUCACAUUUAAUGAACCAUCUUUUUGCAAAACAUUAUGAACAACCUGAAAUUUAAGAAAAAUAAGUUCAGUUUCAACAAUAUUAUCCAUCGAUUCUCUAUACACCGCUUUAUCCUCACUAGGGGGGUGGGGGGUGCUGGAGCCUAUCCCAGCUGACUCGGGCGAAGGCAUAUGCUGCACCUUAUCAUUUACACAUUAAAACCUCCAGAUCACAGAAAAUCUACAAAGACACUAAACAUUCAUCUAUGUAGUAAUCCUGACACACCACACAAACUAAAUGGAAACUACAAAGGAAGAAGGUUAAGUUUUCCCCCUGUCUUGUAAUUAUAUAAAAUGUAAACAACAAAUAGAUAUACAGGUUGUGGUAGUGAAGUGGACAAAGCAGUGAUUUUUUAUUUUUUUUGUUGAAAGAUUGCAGUUAAUGUCCUCUCUCUAAUUUUUACACUUUCCAAAGCUGUCCCGUGGGGCGGAUUGGACCCUCUUUGUGGGCCGGUUUUGGCCCGCGGGCCGUGUGUUUGACACCCAUGCCUUAUAUAAACUUUGUCAAGCUGUGAUGGAGUUUGUUAGACCUGUUGUGGUGAUUUAGCUGUACUUUAGGAGCUGUUCUCAAAAGAGUGAUAGAUUUCUCUUUGUACAGCUGCUUGUAGGACAGUUCAGCUUUGUAACCAUUUAAAAGCAGCGAGGCUGAUGUGUGUGCACCAGCUGCAGCCUUUAAUUUUAUACCUGUCAUCUUUAGUUUUCCUGCAGCGUGGGCACUUUGUGUGACCUGCUGCACACUCUUUCAAAGUAAGUCCAAGGAGGGUUUUUGCUUUUAUGUGCAUCACAAAAAUGACACCUUGAACAUUGGUAGUGUGGUGAAAGCAGCAGGUGGGCAGCUUCACUCCUCUGCUGCUGGACGUAUUUAGCCGUGGCACUGCUGUGCACUCAGAAACAAACACACAAUCAGUGAAGUUAGGCAGGCAGAUUGGAAGAAAGUAGAGUUUAAGAGUAAAAGCAGACCUUUGGUUGUGUGGUGGUGGUAACAGAUGUGUUGCUUAAACUUCAGGCAAAUGUGCUUCAUUAGGUGAUCAUAAGAAAGAGGUCUGAAAAGCACACCUGAAAGCUUAUCGAGUGUUGAUAUCCUGGAAAAACGUUCUGAGGCAUUUCAUGAAUACAGGAAACAGCCACAUGGAAUUUUCAGGACUGAAAAACACAUUUGAGCUGUCUGAAAAACCAAAUUUUACAUCCACUCCAGGUGUCUCAAUCUAAAGCCAAAGUCUUGUUUUUUUAAUCUUGUCUUUAGAUUUUGACACCUGUAGUGGAUGUAAAAGUGAUUUGGUUUUAAGAGAGCUCAAAUGUGUUUUUCAGCUAAACUAAAGAUUUCAUGUGGCUAUCUCUUUUACAUAUGAAGUAAAAGAUACUGGAAAAAUAAUGUGAAUUGAAAAGAGAGAAAUUUUGACCAGUUCCUGUGAAUUUUGUGGUCUUGUAAGUGGGAAACUGUUUACAGCAUGAAGCUAAAAGUUACUGAUCAGACCUGUCGUUGGGGACCAAUAGUAAGGCUGUAACGGACAAAUCAAAACUCUAUAUGACAGCUAUUUAAUGUGAGCCUUCGUGGACUUUUUUUUACUUUUAACUGGACCUAAUCCAAGAAAUACGAUGGUAAUUGGAUUUCUUGUGUCAAGUGAGCUUAUGGCCCAAAGGUUACACCUCCUACUUGAGGCACAGUCAUAAAACUUUGGGGAAAGAAUCGGGGGACUGUCCCCAGUCAGUGUGCCAAAUCUCUGAACUUUUCACCGCACAGUUCUAAGGGGCUGUUAUAGAAACACAACAGGUGCCUACACAGCUCUGCCUUGGAUUCUUAAUGCCAUAUGUCAUUGAUUUACAGUAGUAUACCCAUAAACCUGUGACAAGAACUGUCGGACCUACAUUUCAUUCUUUUACAGCUACGUCUAGCCAAUAAUUCCACAGUACAGCUAGAUGGCAACUAAUUAGACAAAUGUAAGGCUCUACUGGGGUGAUGUGUUGGUGUGAUUGUGUUCAUACAUGAGAACUACAUACUCCUUUGUUGGGACAAGAACCACAAAAACUCUCAUGGAAGGCUCUCAAAACAAUCACUUGGAUAUGGAAGCUUUUGUGGUGCAGUAAACCUUUGCUUUUUUCUACAGCUAACUCUAACAAACUCCAUCAACGGCCAAGUUAACUGGUCAGCUAAGGUUAUGGUCAGAUGCCAGAUCUUAAGAUGCAUUUUGUUGAUUUAUUUUAAAGGACCAUGCAUCUCUGUGUGUGUUUUCCCAGCCAUUUUCUACAUAUUUGUGUUACUUGCAUUUUGUUAAAGAGGAGUGAUCACUCAUGAGAAACCCCUCAUCUCAUCUAUUGGGACCUUUGAGAUCCAUCAUGGUGCCACAGCUGCAGCAGAGUUGCUCAAAGUUUGGUUUCCUGUCAUGAUGGUCAGCGGUGGUGCUUUUCUGUCAUGUCACGAAUCAUCUGUUCAUUUUUUCGUUUCAUUUUUCUAAAGCACCGAAUGAUUCCUCGCUUCUCUAUCAUUCGCUUCAAUCCAAAAACAGUGGAUCUCAUACAUGCUCCACUUGGUCAGUGUGGCGUUUUCUUUGGAGAUCUUUAGUCUUUACAUUGUAACUGACUAACUUCUGUUGUACUAUCCUGCUGCUACUUCUUAGAUAAUGUGGACUCCCGUUACCACAGACAACAGCAAACAACAGAAGUGAAUAUACUGUUGUGAAAUGUCACUUAAAUCUCAGUUAAUUCAAAGCGACACCACUUGCCAAUGAUCACAUUACUUCUAAGUUGAACAGUAGCGUUUUUGCUCUUAUGGAGGACACCAAAUGUGUGUAGAAAUGUUCUGUUGUUCUUCAGAGACUUCAACAUGCUGGAAUAUUCCUCUGCUGCCAAGCUUCUGCAGACAGGAAGUCAUCUUCCUAGACGUUGGUCAUGCAGCCUCAUAUCAUCCCCCUACUGUCUCCAUGCUUUACUGUGAGGACUAUGCACUCACUGGGGUAGUUCACGCCAAGUUCACCCCAAAUAGUGCUGAAGAAUAGACGCCAUAAGACUCUGAUUGUCAGUAACAACCCCUGUGCAAAAUAUAAAACAUUUUUCUGAGCGUAAGUGACCGAGUAGUGCAAUAAAUAGUGUCAUUUUGGUAGGACAACCACUGCAGCUGGAUUAGUAGCUCUGUGGCUCAUUCUGUUCCUCCUGGUUACUGCUGUGAUCGUUUGUUGACUGAUAUUUUGUCUUCCUUUAUCCUUCUUGGUCUUUGUGAAGUCUCACUAUCUGAUUUUUCAGUAAAUCGGGCAAUUCCUUUCUGUGAGAGGCCAUGAUGCAGACAUGCACAUAGAUCUGAAAGUCAUUUUAUGACCGUGUUCAUCGAACUAGGUUGACUGGAAAAUAAGACUCUGUCCUUUGUUUCAGUCAUCACAGGUUCAUUAACCUGUCUUGCACUGAGUUUCUACUUUGGGGCCUGUAUCUUGCAUAUAAUCUUUCUAAAAUGUGUUUUGUUUUUUCAUAAGCGGAAACACUCUACUGUUCAACUUAGAAGCAAUGCAGUUAUUGACAGGCGACACAACUUGGAAUCAUUUGAUGUUUAAGUGAUAGAGCAUAGACGUGUCAUCAUUUCUGUUGUAUACUAUGUAUGUCUGUUUGGGGGUUUAACUUAAAUUGAUCAUUUAGAACUACUAACAAGAAAAAGGCCGAUGCAGCUUGUUGACUAGUGUAUUAUGCAAUUUGUGUGAAUGACAUCUUUACAGUUUGUCAUCAGUGAGUCAUGUGUGAACCUUGUCCAAGUAGAGUGACUUCACACUAAUUAGUCUUUCCAGGGUUUUUUCUGGGUUUUAGAUGUUAGACUGCAACUGGCUAUGCAAAUAGUUUAUCAUUGGACGCUGGUUAUUAAUGGAUUAAAGUGAAUUUCUUGAGAAUAUGCUACUUUAUUCAUCUUCAUAGUCCACCCCUAGAACUACAGAAAUACAGCAGUAAUGCCUAAAAAUGUGCUGCAAUUCAGUAACUGCUAAUUUCAGCAUGAAACAGUAACAGAACAUGUAGAAUUUACUGCAAGGCUCUUGUUUUCUGAGCUGCAUUCCAUUCUCACUUCUGCUGUUGUGUCCUCUUCCUAGCACAGCUGUUGACUGACUCUUGCUAUCUAGUUAAUUGUCUACGAUCCAUACAAACUGCUGCUAAAAUAAAUGUACCUCUUGGCA